GGCUACGGGCUGCUGGACGCCGGGGCCAUGGUGAGCCUGGCCAAGAACUGGACCACAGUGGGACCUCAGAGGAAGUGCGUCAUCGACGUCCUCACGGAGCCGAAGGACAUCGGGAAGCGCCUGGAGGUGCGGCGGAAGGUGGACGCCUGCCUGGGGAAAGCCAACUACAUCAGCCGGCUGGAGCACGCGCAGGCCAGGCUGACGCUGUCCUACAACCGGCGGGGAGACUUGGCCAUCCACCUGGUCAGUCCCAUGGGCACCCGCUCCACCCUCCUGGCCGCCAGGCCCCAUGACUUCUCAGCCGACGGCUUCAAUGACUGGGCCUUCAUGACAACACACUCGUGGGACGAGGACCCCUCUGGGGAGUGGGUGCUGGAGAUCGAGAACACCAGCGAUGCCAACAACUAUGGCACGCUGACCAAGUUCACGCUCGUCCUGUACGGGACGGCCACCGACGCCCCCGGCCUCUCCAACCAGCUGGAGAGCAGCGGCUGCAAGACCCUGGCCCCCAGCCAGACCUGCGUGGUCUGCGAGGAGGGGUACUACCUGCACCAGAAGAGCUGCCUGAAGCGCUGCCCCCCCGGCUUCGCGCCCGGCGUCCAGAGCACACACUACAGCCUGGAGAACAGCGUGGAGCCCAUCGCGCCCCACCUCUGCCUGCCCUGCCACCCCUCCUGCGCCACCUGCGCGGGGCCCGGCCCCAACCAGGGCGUCACCUUCGCCAGCCUCAGCUGCGUCUUCAUCGUCGUCAUAUUCGUCACCGUCUUCCUGGUGCUGCAGGCGCGCUCAGGCUUCAGCCUGCGGGGUGUGAAGGUCUACGCCUUGGACAGUGGCAUCAUCUCCUACAAGGGGCUCCCCUCCGACAUCUGGCAGGAGGAGGGCCCCUCCGAGUCGGACGGUGAGGAUUACGAGGCCCACAGCGAGAGGACUGCCUUCAUCAGAGACCAAAGUGCCCUUUGA